AUGAUUCCCAACGGAUAUUUAAUGUUUGAAGAUGAAAAUUUCAUUGAGUCUUCGGUUGCCAAAUUAAAUGCCCUUAGGAAAAGUGGGCAGUUCUGUGAUGUUCGACUUCAGGUCUGCGGCCAUGAGAUGUUAGCACACAGAGCAGUCCUGGCUUGCUGCAGUCCCUAUUUAUUUGAAAUCUUCAAUAGUGAUGGCGAUCCUCAUAGAGUUUCUCAUGUUAAGUUCGAUGAUCUCAAUCCAGAAGCUGUUGAAGUCUUGUUGAAUUAUGCCUACACUGCACAGUUGAAAGCUGAUAAGGAAUUAGUAAAAGAUGUUUAUUCUGCAGCCAAAAAGCUGAAGAUGGACCGAGUAAAGCAGGUUUGUGGCGAUUAUUUACUAUCUCGAAUGGAUGUUACCAGCUGCAUCUCCUACCGUAACUUUGCUAGUUGUAUGGGAGACUCCCGUUUGUUGAAUAAGGUUGAUGCUUAUAUUCAAGAGCAUUUGUUACAAAUUUCUGAAGAGGAAGAGUUUCUUAAACUUCCACGGCUAAAGUUGGAGGUAAUGCUUGAAGAUAAUGUUUGCUUGCCCAGCAAUGGCAAAUUGUAUACAAAGGUAAUCAACUGGGUGCAGCGUAGCAUCUGGGAGAAUGGAGACAGUCUGGAAGAGCUGAUGGAAGAGGUUCAAACCUUGUACUACUCAGCUGAUCACAAGCUGCUUGAUGGGAACCUACUAGAUGGACAGGCUGAGGUGUUUGGCAGUGAUGAUGACCACAUUCAGUUUGUGCAGAAAAAGCCACCACGUGAGAAUGGCCAUAAGCCGAUAAGUAGCAGUUCCACUGGAUGUCUCCCUUCUCCAAAUGCCCCGGUACAAAGUCCUAAGCAUGAGUGGAAAAUCAUUGCUUCAGAAAAGACUUCAAAUAACACUUACUUGUGCCUGGCUGUGCUCGAUGGUGUAUUCUGUGUCAUUUUCCUUCACGGGCGAAACAGCCCACAAAGCUCACCAACAAGUACUCCAAAACUAACUAAAAGUUUAAGCUUUGAGAUGCAGCCUGAUGAGCUGAUAGAAAAGCCCAUGUCGCCUAUGCAUUAUGCACGGUCUGGCCUGGGGACGGCGGAGCUGAAUGGCAAACUCAUAGCUGCAGGGGGCUAUAACAGAGAGGAAUGCCUUCGAACAGUUGAAUGCUACGAUCCACAUACAGAUCAUUGGUCCUUCCUUGCUCCCAUGAGAACACCAAGAGCCCGAUUUCAAAUGGCUGUGCUGAUGGGCCAACUUUAUGUGGUUGGUGGAUCAAAUGGCCACUCGGAUGACCUGAGUUGUGGAGAGAUGUAUGAUCCAAACAUAGAUGACUGGAUUCCUGUUCCAGAAUUGAGAACUAACCGUUGUAAUGCAGGAGUGUGUGCUCUGAAUGGGAAAUUAUACAUCCUUGGUGGCUCUGAUCCAUAUGGUCAGAAAGGGCUGAAAAAUUGUGAAGUUUUUGAUCCUGUAACAAAAUCAUGGACAAGCUGUGCUCCUCUAAACAUUCGUAGACAUCAGUCUGCAGUCUGUGAGCUUGGUGGUUAUUUGUACAUAAUUGGAGGUGCAGAGUCUUGGAAUUGCCUGAGCACCGUAGAACGUUACAAUCCUGAAAAUAACACCUGGACUUUAAUUGCACCCAUGAAUGUGGCUCGGAGAGGAGCUGGGGUAGCUGUUCUGGAUGGAAAACUAUUUGUAGGUGGUGGCUUUGAUGGUUCUCACGCCAUCAGCUGUGUGGAGAUGUAUGAUCCAACUAGAAAUGAAUGGAAGAUGAUUGGAAACAUGACUUCAGCAAGGAGCAAUGCUGGGAUUGCAUCUGUAGGGAACACCAUUUAUGCAGUGGGAGGAUUUGAUGGCAAUGAAUUUCUGAAUACCGUAGAAGUCUAUAACCUUGAGUCAAAUGAGUGGAGCCCCUAUACAAAGAUUUUUCAGUUUUAA